AUGGCUCUCCAACUCGGCCGCUCCCCUCUUCUGCGCCCAGUCGCUGCCCUCGCCGGCUGGACCUUUGUUAUGCAAACCUGGAUGCACGUCACUCGUGUCCAAGCCAUUGGUCAAUACAAUGUUUCCGUCGAGCCCGAUCAGAUCAAGGAGGACGUCAACAAGAAGAUUCCCAUUUCGAUUGCCCAAAUCGCCGACAACUUCAACCACCUUCACGAGCAACCCACCGUCUUCUACGCCGUCGCUCUCUCGCUUGCCAUGAUUGGUGACAGCCACGACUACACUAUCCUUGCCGCUUGGGGAUACGUGGGCGUGAGGAUCAUGCAUUCGCUGUUCCAGGCGACAGUCAACAAGGUCAUGGUUCGCUUCCCGAUGUUUGCCAGCAGCUCGGUUGUGCUUGCUGGGUUGACUGCACGAUUGGCCCAGCUGGUCUACUAG